CAAUCAAAGCAUGAGGGCAAUAGCCCUUUCCUGUUGCAGUGUUGCAGCAAGGGCGAAAAUCCAGGCUGUGUCACCAAUGCAAACCUAAUGGUAUUCCUAAACCGGUGACGGACUGGUUAAAAGCAGCCUGUCCGUAGACUGCUGGACAAGCGUCAAGGCGGUUGCUGCUGUAUUGCUACAUUAGCAGCAGGCGGGGAAAUGCAAAGAGCAGAACUUGCCUGAGGUGGCUGGGCAGACCUUUGCCUUCCCAGACGUUCACCAGCAAGCAUGAGGAUGAGCAAAGGAUCAGUGUUGGCGUUGACUCUGAUUUGGCUGUUGGCAGCGAGGUCUCAGCCCCUCGAAGCGGGGCCCACCAAUGAACAGGCCAGCCCCGAAAAGCAGAAGUGUCCCAGCCUGUGUGGCUGCAGUUACGAUGAACGCAAUGAUGAGCUGAGUGUCUACUGCAGCUUGCGAAACCUCACCAGCCUUCCUGAAGACGUUCCCAAGGCCGUGAGGAUGUUGUGGCUGGAAGGAAACAAUUUCACUUCCUUGCCAGCUCUUGCUUUCAGGAACCUCUCCAGCCUGGAAUUUCUCAACCUUCAGGGCAGCCACCUGUCAAGCAUCGAACAGCACGCCUUCCAUGGCUUGGAGGAACUCUACUCCUUGCUCCUCCAGCACAACCAGCUGAAGUCGUUGGCGCCCAACAUCUUCCUCCAUCUGCAGAACCUGGUUUCCCUACAUCUCAACAACAACCAGUUUAGCAAGAUUGAGGAAGGUGUGUUUGCUGGGCUCUCCAAUCUCUGGUACUUGAACCUCGGAUGGAACUCCUUGGUGGUCCUGCCGGACAAAGUGUUUCAUGAUCUACCCAACCUGCGGGAGCUGAUCCUGGCUGGGAACAAGCUCCACUAUCUCCAGCACCAGCUCUUUUACAGCCUCAGUGAGUUGAAAGAGCUGGACCUGAGUGGGAAUUCCCUGAAGGGCAUCAAGGGCAACAUCUUCACGAAGCUGCAGAAGCUGCAGAAGCUUUACCUCAGCCAGAACCAAAUCAACGCCAUCGCCCCACGAGCUUUCAUGGGCAUGAAGUCUCUGCGAUGGUUGGACCUGUCCCACAACCGCCUCACCAUGCUUUUUGAAGACACGUUUGCGGGCCUUUCAAGCCUGCAUGUGUUGCGCCUCUCCAACAAUUCCAUUGCCAGUCUGAGGCCAAGGACCUUCAAAGACCUCCAGUACUUGGAGGAGCUGCAGCUGGGGAACAACAAGCUCAGAAGCCUGCCAGAAAGGGCCUUCGACAAGCUGAGUCAGCUGGAGGUUCUCACGCUCAACAACAACCAUAUCCAAGAGAUCAGGGCUGGGGCUUUCCUUGGUCUUUCCAACAUGGCAGUGAUGAACCUCUCUGGGAACUGCCUUAAGGCCCUCCCAGAUUUUACCUUCAGGGGACUCAGCCAACUGAACAGCCUCCACUUGGAAAACAGCUGCCUCAGCAGGAUAAGGCCACAUAUGUUCUCCGACCUUUCCAGCCUCCGGAGGCUCUUCUUGAAACACAACGCCAUCUCAGAAAUGGAGGACCACAGCCUGGGCGAUUUGCACGAGCUGCUUGAUCUGGACCUCAGGCACAACCAGCUGAGCAGCCUCUCCCCAAACCAGUUUGCAGGCCUCCGUAACUUAGAAUACCUCCUCCUGUCCUCCAACCAGCUGCUAGACAUCUCUCCUGAAGCCUUCACCCCACUUCUGCGCCUCUCCUGGCUCGACCUCUCCAGCAACUGUUUGGAGGCCCUGGAGGGUGACAUCUUCCGCUCCUUCCCCAGGCUGGGAUAUCUGAACAUCGGGAACAAUUCGCUCAGAACCUUCUCGGUGGAUUGGCUGAGCCCUUCACUCGUCCAACUGUGGCUGGAAGGGAACAAGUGGCAAUGCAACUGCUCCCUGAAAGGACUUAGAAACUUUGCCCUGCAGCACCCCAGUGUUGUAUUGCGGUACACACAGUCCAUCACAGAAGGAGAUGCUCCUGUAUAUACUUACAACAACAUCACUUGCCUUAGCCCUGGGGAGGUAGCAGGACUUGAUCUUCGGGACAUCCAAGACACCCAUUUUGCCGAUUGCUAAAUAAUGGUACUUUUUACUUGGUUUUCCCUGCCCGCCCC